AUGAAAUUGGUUGAUAUUUUACUUGUACUGACUGCGGCAGCAACCGCUAAUGCAAUACUGACACCGACUGAUAACAAUGGCUCACCACAAGCAUCAGGCACUUCUAGUCAAUUGUCUGGUCCAACCAAUGAUCUUAAUCCACAAAUUCCCGACCAAGACUGGCAAGAUAUAAUGGAUAUAAUUAAUUCAAACACAUCCAAUGAAGACCAACAACAGCCAAUGGAUCAACCCAGUCCGAGCACUCCCAAACGAAGUCGAAAACGGCCAAUUGAUGAACACGGUUCAAGCAUUUCCAAAUAUGAUCAGAGACAAUCGAUGAAUCAAGCCGGUCCGAGUGCUUCCAAACAAAGUCGGAAACAAUCAAUUGAUAAACCCGGUCUAGGCAUUCCUGACAAAGACUGGCAACGCCUAAUAGAUGAAAUCAAUUCAGACACUUUUGAAGACUGGCAAGAACUGUUUGAUAUAGCUGGUUUAAAUACUCCCAGUCAAGUUUCUGACCCAAUUGAUCAAGUCAGUCCAAACACUUUUGACAAAGACCAACAACCAGCUGAUCAACCCAGUUCAGGUAUUCUCGAUCAAACUCAGCAACACCUAAUGGAUGCAACUGAUUUAAAUAUCUUCAACAAAGAUCAGCAACAGCCGAUUGAUCAGUCCAGUCCAAGCACUUCCAGUCAACACCAGCAACAACCAAUGAGUGAAAGCGAGUCAGACAAUGCUGUUACAAAUCAAGUUAUUGUAUUAAACGAACAGGAUCAGAGAACCUUUAAUCGCAUGAAGAAAAGGCUUGUAGAGUCUAAAAUAAUACGAAACAACAAAUGGCAAGAAUAUCGUAGGUAUGUAGACCUUGAAUUCGAACAAUGGUCGGCGUUAGCAAUGGGCAAAGAAAUAUCUGGAUCAACGUACGAUCCAAACAUUGAAGAGAAAUUAAGAAAAGAGUAUAAAAAGUUAAGUACAAGAGUAUACGGUAUCAAACAAGAAUUGAAGAUUUUUAUGAAAAGGCGUGGUUUGAGAUUCGAAGAACCGGACUCGGAUUCAGAUUAA